CCACUGGAAAUUCAUGAACAAUGAAUUCACUUUACUCAUCCUGUUGGAACACCUCUGCUGAACUUUUGAACAAAUCCUGCAAUAAAGAGAUUGCUUAUCAAACCCUCAGCAUUGUGGAUACAAUUAUCCUCCCUUCUAUGAUUGGGGUUAUCUGUUCACUGGGGCUGGUUGGCAACAUCCUCAUUGUAUUCACUAUAAUAAGGUCCAGGAAAAAAACUAUUCCUGACAUUUAUAUCUGCAACCUGGCUGUGGCUGAUCUGGUCCACAUCAUUGGAAUGCCUUUUCUUAUUCAUCAGUGGGCACGGGGAGGAGAGUGGGUGUUUGGGGGGCCUCUCUGCACCAUUAUCACAUCCCUGGAUACUUGCAACCAGUUUGCCUGUACUUCCAUCAUGACUGUAAUGAGUGUGGACAGGUACUUGGCUCUCGUCCAACCAUUUCGACUUACAAGUUGGAGAACGAGGUACAAGACCAUCCGCAUCAAUUUGGGCCUUUGGGCAGCUUCCUUUAUUCUGGCAUUGCCUGUCUGGGUCUACUCGAAGGUCAUCAAAUUUAAAGACGGCGUGGAGAGUUGUGCUUUUGAUUUAACAUCCCCUGACGAUGUACUCCGGUAUACACUUUAUUUGACAAUAACAACUUUUUUUUUCCCUCUGCCUUUGAUUUUGGUAUGCUAUAUUUUAAUUUUAUGCUACACUUGGGAGAUGUACCAACAGAAUAAGGAUGCCAGAUGUUAUAAUCCCAGUGUUCCAAAGCAACGAGUGAUGAAGCUGACAAAGAUGGUGCUGGUGCUGGUGGCAGUCUUUAUCUUAAGUGGCCCCUAUCACGUGAUACAACUGGUGAACUUACAGAUGGAGCAGCCCACGCUGGCUUUCCAUGUGGGUUAUUAUCUCUCCAUCUGUUUCAGCUAUGCCAGCAGCAGCAUUAAUCCUUUUCUCUACAUCAUGCUGAGUGGAAAUUUCCGGAAACGCCUGCCUCAAGUGCAAAAGAGAGUGACUGAGAAGGAAAUCAACAAUAUAGAAAAUACCUUGAAAUCCAGCUUUUAGGAGAGCACACGUAUCAUCAAAAGUCUAGAUAGGCUUGUCUAUGUUAUUGGUAUUAUUAGAAAGAGCAGGUGAAA